ACAGAUAUCCAUAACAAGAGGAUCUUAAAGGUGAGACUGAACUCUUGUGCCCGGGCCAUCCACCAGAGCACGACGAUAUUGCAUCUGUGGUUUAAUGGCACACGACAGGACGGUCAGGAGUGCUCGUGCACGAGAUGACUGCAAAGUGUUCAGAUUGCAGAUGAACGACGAUUGGCCACUGGAGACUCAGCGCCUGAUGCUUCUACAAGCUGCCAUGAUCAUGUGUCAGGUGCCACUCUCAGCAGUUGAGUGGAGAAAAGCGCGCUUCACACCCUGCUUGCCGAAGCUUGCCAAUGCCGACCGGAGCAUGCAUCUCGGACUGCUGUCGAGGGCGCACCACGACGCAGAGUCCAUGACAGUUCUCAUCGCAGGCCGCCACAACCACAGCAUGAAUCGUGGGAAAGACCUUGUCGUGGUUGAUCCAGUCUCCAAAGUUCCCAUCGGACUUGUCCCCGACUUUACGCAUACUUUGAUGGAGAUCGAGCAGUUCAUCUCUCGCUUAAGUCGGAUAUAUGGACCCUUGGUGCGGCAUUUCCCCGGAUGAGCGUGGAGUCAAGAGCCGGUCGGGUGCCGCUUGUAUACUCCUGGAUGCUGUUGCUGUCCGUCGGUGAUGAUGUGACAAGUCCGUGAGGUGCAGUAGCGGUUCGCUUGCGGAACCCCUAGUAGUGCCCGCGUACACUGCAAAUAUCUGUAUCGUCAGGCUUGUCACGGCUGGC